CUCCUCUUCUUGUUUUUUGUGGUAGAAGAUUUGGUUUUGUUCUGCCUCAAUUCAUGUCAAUGGUUACUAAAGCAGCAGCUGAAACUCUGCAAUUCUGGAAUGUCUUCCCCUCCACGAGAUAAAAACAAACUCGAUGAUUGUGCAUGUUAUGCUUUAAUUAACCCUUAUUAUUUCCGGUAUUGAUUUCGACUAUCUCUGUAAAACAUUACUUUGGUAAUAAUUCACGUCCUUUGCACUUUGCAC